CAAAAAACCCAGCUCCGUCAUCAUGAGUGGCAGCCCCAACGCCACCACCACUUGCGCUGCGCCGUGGGCUACCGCUCCGCCGGCGCCCCAGAGCGAGUUGAGUUUAAUGCUGGCCUUGGUGAACCUGGUAACUCACCUGCCCUUCACUGACCUGCCGGUCCUUCGAGACUACCAGCUGGGCCCACUGCGGCAGGAGUACGACUACGUCAUCGUGGGCGGCGGCUCUGCGGGCUCCGUGAUCGCCAACCGGCUCUCCGCGAAUGCGAGCGUCACGGUGCUGCUUCUAGAAGCCGGAGGACUGGAGACGCCCUCGCGACAGGUCCCGGCUGCCGCGCCGUUCAACCUCAGGGGUCACGACGAUUGGGACUACUGGACCGUGCCGCAAAGGAACGCCGCGUUCGCUUAUCGCGACCAGCGGCUGUCCCUCUCCCGCGGCAAGGUGCUCGGCGGCAGCAGCGUCCUGAACUUCAUGGUUUUUACCCGCGGAAACCCGAAAGACUACGACCGGUGGGCCAGCAAGUACGGCGCCAAGGGCUGGUCGUACGAGGACGUCUUGCCACACUUCAAAGACAUCGAAGACUAUCGCGUGGGGACGCCAGACCAGUACCAUGGAACAGGCGGCGAAGUACCAGUGAAUUACGCCAAUACCAGCACGCGCCUCAGUCAGCUUCUUGUGGAGGCGUGCACGCAGUCGAGUUACCCCUACGUUGACUUCAAUGGCGCCACGCAGUCAGGCUGCUCUCGCAUGCAGACGAAUGUGGCGGACGGCGAGCGCUACAGCGCCAGCAAAGCUUUCAUACGGCCCAUCGUCGGGGCACGCAAGAACCUGCACGUGGCACUAUUCAGCCAGGUCACAAAGGUGAACUUCAAAGGGAAGCGCGCCAUGGGCGUGUCGUUCACGAGGUACGGGCAGAAGCAGAACGUAUCGGCAAGGCGAGAGGUCAUCCUAUCUGCAGGAACCGUUGGCUCCACUCAGCUGUUACUUCUUUCCGGCGUGGGACCCAAAGAGCAGCUGGAGAGGCUGAAGAUUCCCGUGGUCGCCGACCUUCCGGUGGGACGCAACCUGCAGGACCACCCAGCUAUCAUGUUGGGGUUUCCCAUCAGUACAGACGUGGAUGCCGGCAUUGAACCCUUCAGCCUGGACGAUAUAGCGCAGUACGCGAGCAACAGAACCGGUACGAUAUCCAUACCCACAAGCUGCGAGUUUGUGCAGUUCUUGCACACCAACUAUUCGACGGAUCCCGACGUCCCGGACGUCGAAAUUGCGCCGAUUUCUACCUCCCCAUCAAGUCAACUACUCAAGGAUUCAAUGGCAGAACUCGGCCUACUGCCAGAGGCUUUCGACGGCCUUAUUGGACCCAUAAACGGUCGGCCCGGCUUUCGAGUGGUGUCGAUUCUGAACCGGCCAAAAUCCCGAGGCUCCAUUUCCUUGCGCUCAGCAGAUCCCAACGACUACCCAGAUAUAGACCCAAACAUCCUCGAGCACCCUGACGACCUCAUGGCGGUAGCUCAAGGCACAAAAACUUUCAUCGACCGGGUGCUGAAUACGGAUGCUAUGAGAAGCAUCGGUGCCAAGCCGUGGAACGUCACGUUUCCUCCGUGUGCCGGGGCAGGAGCACGGUGGAGUCGGCAGUACAUCGAGUGCGUCUUCCGGCACGGCGCUCAAACGGUGUGGCAUCUCUGCUGCACCGUGGCCAUGGGAACGCACCCGGAGGCAGUGCUUGACGAACGUCUCCGGGUCCGAGGCGGCUUGACUGGCUUGCGCGUGGCUGACGCUUCAGUGAUGCCCGACAUCAUAACCGGUCACACAAACGCACCAAGCAUGAUGAUCGGCAGCAAGGCGGCAGCGAUUAUCAUAGAGGACCACAUGGGACAGUGGACUCUCAGGAGCGGUAAAAAACGACCGGCCUACUGCGACGAGACGAGCUCGUGUUCUGCCACGGACAAACACGGCGCAAACAUGGAUCUGAACGCUACAGCGCCCGCCCCGUGGAGUAGCGUCCCGGCGGCCCAGCCCGCGCUAGGCCUGCUGUUCGGCAUCGUCAAUGUGCUGGCGCACACACCCUUCACGGACCUUCCCGUUAUCGGCGACUACGAGCUGGGAGAGCUCCGGCAGCACUACGACUACGUAAUCGUCGGCGGUGGUUCCGCGGGCUGCGUCAUCGCCAACCGGCUCUCUGCGGAUCCCAGCGUCACGGUGCUCCUCCUGGAAGCCGGAGGACUCGAGGAAGCCUCUCGGCAAAUCCCGGCUUUCGCGCCGUUCAACCUUAGAGGUCGCGACGAUUGGGACUACUGGAGCGUGCCGCAGAAGCACGCUGCCUUCUCCUUGCGGAACCAGCGACUCGCACAUUCACGUGGCAAGGUGCUCGGUGGAAGCAGCGUGCUGAACUUCAUGAUGUACACGCGGGGGAACCCUGAUGACUACGACCGCUGGGCCUUCGAGUACGGAGCAAAAGGGUGGUCGUACGAAGACGUGCUGCCGCACUUCAAAGACAUCGAAGACUACCGUGUGGGUCCAGUGGACGAGUGUCAUGGCGCUGGAGGCGAGAUACCGGUGGACUAUGCCAACACCAGCACACCUCUCACCCACCUCCUUAUGGAGGCGUGCCGAGAGGCUGGCUACGCUCACGUGGAAUACAACGGCCCUACGCAAUCAGGCUGCUCCCGACUGCAGAGCAACGUGGCGAACGGCGAGCGCUUCAGCGCCAGCAAGGCCUUCAUCCAGCCCAUCGUCAGAGCGCGGAAGAACCUGCAUGUGGCGCUCCUCAGCCACGUGACUAAGGUGAACUUCGACGGAAAGCGUGCCGUGGGCGUGACGUUCAUUAGGCUUGGCCGGCCGCGAAGCGUGACCGCCACGCGAGAGGUGAUCCUCUCGGCAGGAACCGUGGGAUCCACUCAGCUUUUGCUGCUUUCCGGAGUUGGGCCCAGAGAAGACCUGGAACGGUUACAGAUCCCGGUAGUUGCCGAUCUCCCAGUCGGCCGCAACCUCCAAGACCACCCAGCGCUCUUUCCUGGCGUUCCGAUUAGCACCGACGCGGAGGUUGGCAUACCACCUUUAAGCUUUGACGACAUUCAGCAGUACGCCCUCAACCGAACUGGCACGAUAUCCAUACCGGUGAGCAACGAGUUCCUGCAGUUCCUGCAGACCGAAUACGCCGAGCAUCCCGAUGUCCCGGACGUCGAGGUGGCGACCUUUAGCACGUCACCGGCCACCCAGUUGUUCAGGGCGCUGGCGGCGGAGCUGGGACUGGUGCCGGAGGCUUUUGACGGCAUAAUUGGGCCCAUUGACGGUCAGCAUGGCUUUCGAGCAGUAACAAUACUCAACCGGCCAAGGUCACGUGGCUCCAUCUCACUGCGCUCCAAGAACCCAUUCGACCACCCAAACAUCGACCCAAACAUGAUGGAGCACCCGUCCGAUGCGAAGGCGCUUGCUCGAGGAACGAAGAUGUUCAUCGACCGGGUAUUGAGCACGGACGCCAUGAAGAGUAUCGGCGCCAAGCCGUGGGGAGUGACCUUCCAGCCGUGCGCGGACGCGGGACCCCUGUGGAGCCAGGAGUACAUCGAGUGCCUUUCCCGACACACCGCAAUAGCAGUUUGGCAUCUUUGUUGCACCGCAGCCAUGGGCUCUCAUCCUGAGGCUGUCUUGGACGAACGCCUCAGGGUCCGAGGCAACGUGACGGGCCUGCGAGUGGCUGACGCCUCCGUGAUGCCCGACAUAAUAACCGGUCACACAAACGCGCCAAGCAUGAUGAUUGGCAGCAAAGCAGCAUCUAUGAUCAUAGAAGACAACGGAGGAGCUCAGUGA